AUUCAGGUUUCCAUGACAACCGACAGGUUGUUUAUUUUAAAUUUUAGCCAUUUUCACUCGACGAUCUCGAGAUAGUGACAACUUCUGUAAUUCCUAUUAGUCAAAAAAUCAUUAAUCAUGGUCAACUUUGUGUAUCCCGAAGAACUGUACCUGUUCGUGGAGAGCAUUCGAUGCUUCCAGGUGCGAGAUGUGGGCAGCAGCAAGUGGCUGGAGGUGCAUGAGAUGAUCAUCAAGCUGAGUCAGCAGGCGGCCCUGGAGGUGGCCGAACAGCGCGAGGAGGAGGUCAAGGAGUUUCUCAUUUCCCGGGAUAAGCUAUCAGUGCUCAUAAACGAAGCUUAUUGCGUGAAUCUCUGGAAAUCGCGUGUAUUGCCGCAUCUGCUCGAAAUCGAUCCCAACCCUCAGGCCACCUUCCUCAUUUACACCGUGCUGUACCACGAGGCAGCAGUGGUAGCGCUGCUGGAUCUAUGUCUCUACCACCCUAGUGGCUGUGAGUCGUUACAGGAUUCGGUUCUGGAUCUGAUCGACUACGCUGCUCAGGGUGUGGCGCAAGUCAUCGGCUUGGUUAGCAUGGGCUACCACGAAAACGAGACCAAACUGGAUGUGGACGAAGCCGUGCUCACGGAGCUCGAGCGUCAAAAGCGCGAUCUCAUCUAUAAGAUCGGACUGCGCUGCGUUUCUUUACUCAGUUACCUAGCUGACAAUGUUUCGCUUUUCCAUUUGGGCGCAGCGCGUCGAAUGCUGGUCACCCAUGACAUACCCUGGCUGAUAGUGGAUGUGCUGAGCUUCAGGCCCUGGCAGCGCAAGACCAGCAAGGGCUUGGAGAAGUUCAUUGAUGAGAAGUGGACUUCCGUAGACGAUGUAACUAAAAUAAUAAAGCCGGAAGCUCAGGCCUGGUUCUGUGCGCGCCAAUUGCUGCUCAGUCCACAGAUUGUCGAUUAUUAUCCCCUAAACGAGGCGCGUUGCAAACAGUUAUCAAAGCUCGCAUGCAUGAUGCACGAGACGCUAUUGGACCAGCUGCCCGUCCUGGUCGAACUCAAGCAGUACGUCAGCCGCUUAACAAUCAGCGGGAAUACGGGCAAAAAGACUAAAAACUUGAUAUUGGAGGAUAUGCCACAAAUACAGGAUAAUCUCAUCAAAGAGGUGGAGCGCGACGGUGGCUUUUACCAAGUUGCCCAGAACCAGGAUGGCGUGUUCCUAAACAACAAUCGAGAAGAGAUUUGUGCGCUGGCUACAAAACUGACCAGCGCCUACGGUACGGAGAUAUUAUGUGAAUUGGAGCAGCACAUGGCGGAUUUGGAACUGAAAAAGGAUGAAGCAAAAUCGGAUGAUAGCGCGACAGCAACCACUAGUGAGGAAUCAGACGAAAAGACUCACAAAUGCGGCAAAUGUCAGGUGCCGGCCAAAAAGAAAUGCGCCAACUGUAAGCUGGUUCAUUAUUGUUCACGUGAAUGCCAGCUUAAGGAUUGGCCGCAGCACAAGGACUCCUGCUUGAACUGUGUAGAUUAACUUUUAUCAUUUAGUUUGUAUUAUUAAUAUUAAUUAUUAAAUGAAGAGCAUUCCAAAAAUUGAAUGUUUCAUGGCCUUUUGUGAAUGUUUGUUUUUCGUUAAGUUUUUGUUUUUAUUUAGCAAUAAAAAAUUUGCCAGGUAGUCUCUCAUUCAGCAGACGGGGGAACGGCAACGGCAAUAUGUUUAGCUGUUCUGUCUGAGAUGGUCCUUAACUACAU